AAAACAUUAUAACGAUGGUCGCAAUCUCUCUCCUCUCACUCUGUUUCAUUGUCAUCACCAUUCUCACUCCACUCUCCACUCUCCCAUUAACCAAUUUUCAGUUUCUCUUUUUGAUGUCUUCAUGAACACCAUGAUUGUUUGCAGAGCUUUAAGCUUCACUUUGGGGCCGCCUUUGCCGCUAACAUCUGGUGUCUAUGCUACACAAACGGAGUAUUGUCAAACUUCCUCUUCCUCUCUUCCAUUGCGCACCAAAUGCGUCUCCCUUUCUGCAGCUGAUGGAUUUGAGUGGAAUUCCUCCCAGUACUUUGCAAAGGGCUCUAAUUUGAAAAGGCAAAGUGGGGUUUAUGGAGGUAGAAGAGAUGGUGAAGAAGGUGAGGCAGAGAGGGAGCGAGAUGUUCGUUGUGAAGUGGAGGUUGUGUCGUGGAGGGAGCGUCGGAUUCGUGCUGAUAUUUUUGUUCAUUCUGGGAUUGAAUCGGUUUGGAAUGUUCUUACGGAUUAUGAGCGGCUCGCUGAUUUCAUACCUAAUCUUGUGUCCAGUGGGAGAAUUCCUUGUCCACAUCCUGGUCGGAUAUGGUUGGAACAAAGAGGUCUGCAACGAGCAUUGUAUUGGCAUAUUGAAGCUAGAGUUGUCUUGGAUCUUCAAGAGCAUCUAAAUUCGGAUGGUAGUCGUGAACUCCUUUUCUCCAUGGUCGAUGGGGACUUCAAAAAAUUUGAAGGCAAAUGGUCCAUAAAAGCUGGUACAAGGUCGUCAUCUCCAACAAUGCUGUCGUAUGAAGUUAAUGUGAUACCGAGAUUCAACUUUCCUGCCAUUCUUCUGGAAAGAAUAAUUAGAUCAGACCUACCUGUGAAUCUACGUGCCUUGGCAUGUAGAGCCGAAGAGAAAUCUGAAGGGGGUCAAAGAGUAGGAAACAUUAAAGACUCCAAGGCCGUGGUUCUCUCUAAUACACUCAAUGGUGCUACAUGUGCGAAGGAUGAAAUAGUACAGGAAAAUUCUAGAGGGGGUAAUUCUAAUUCCAAUUUAGGACCCGUGCCCCCAUUAUCUAAUGAACUGAAUACCAACUGGGGAGUUUUUGGAAAAGUAUGCCGACUUGACAAGCGUUGCAUGGUCGAUGAAGUUCAUCUUCGCAGAUUUGAUGGUUUGUUGGAAAAUGGAGGCGUCCAUCGUUGUGUGGUAGCUAGCAUAACAGUGAAAGCUCCAGUUCGUGAAGUCUGGAAUGUACUGACUGCUUAUGAAAGUCUUCCCGAAGUAGUUCCAAAUUUAGCAAUCAGCAAGAUAUUGUCAAGAGAAAGCAACAAAGUUCGCAUUCUUCAGGAAGGAUGCAAGGGUCUACUGUAUAUGGUUCUGCAUGCCCGUGUAGUUUUGGACUUGUGUGAACAGCUUGAACAAGAGAUUAGCUUUGAACAGGUUGAAGGAGACUUCGACUCUCUUAGCGGAAAAUGGCAUUUUGAGCAGUUAGGAAGUCAUCAUACCCUGUUAAAAUACUCGGUGGAGUCGAGAAUGCACAAAGACACCUUUCUUUCGGAGGCUCUAAUGGAAGAGGUUGUAUAUGAAGAUCUUCCUUCAAACUUAUGUGCAAUUCGAGACUCCAUUGAGAAAAGGGGUUUGAAAAACUCUUUUGAAGUACUUUAUCAAGGUAAUUUAGAGGAGAAAAGUGUACCACGUCAAUGCAAUCAAUCCAAUGGUUAUACGACAACAGCUGAGGGAGUUUCGGCCAUCAAUGGGAGAGCUUCAUUCAGACCAAGGCCCAAAGUUCCAGGAUUACAAAGAGAUAUUGAAGUUCUUAAAGCAGAGGUGCUCAAGUUUAUUUCAGAACACGGGCAGGAAGGAUUUAUGCCAAUGAGAAAGCAACUUCGCAUGCACGGAAGGGUAGAUAUUGAAAAGGCAAUCACACGUAUGGGUGGGUUUAGAAGGAUUGCAUCACUUAUGAAUCUUUCUCUGGCUUAUAAACACCGGAAGCCAAAGGGUUACUGGGAUAAAUUUGACAAUUUGCAGGAAGAGAUAAAUCGGUUCCAGAAGAGCUGGGGAAUGGAUCCAUCAUACAUGCCCAGUAGGAAGUCCUUUGAACGAGCAGGGAGGUACGACAUCGCACGGGCACUCGAAAAAUGGGGUGGCCUACAUGAAGUUUCUCGUCUUUUGUCGCUAAAAGUGAGACAUCCUAACAGACAACCAAGCUUUGCCAAAGAUAGGAAGAGUGAUUAUGUAGUUGCGAAUGAUGUUGAUGGUGAAAGUAAAGCUCCAUCUAAACCCUAUAUUUCUCAGGACACAGAAAAAUGGCUUACAGGACUAAAAUAUUUGGAUAUUAAUUGGGUUGAGUAGUGUACAUAUAAAAAGUUAUAAAUGUGUAUAUAUAUUUAAGCGUA